GAAGGCAGCGCGACUCCACUACCACAUCCGGGACAUUCAGCAGUUUCACAUGUCAGUCGGUUCAGCUGUCAAGACUUUCCUGCAUGUGAAGAAGCUCCGGCAUCUAGUCUGGUUUUGACCAAGUCUUUCUUUUUAGAAAAGAGAUGGCGCUGAUGGGAAUUCAGCUGGUGGUCAGCUUGCUGGCAGCCAGCAUUAUGCAGAGGAUGGCUCCACACUGCUCAUUUGCACGCUGGCUAAUCUGCAAUGGCAGUUUGUUCCGGUUCAAACACCCAUCGGAAGGAGAGCUGUGUGCACUGGCUGGGAAGCAGAUGCCUAAACAGACCAGGAGAGACAGGAGACAGAAUGGGGAGAACAAGCCUCUCACUGUGCCCAAAGACAUCGACCUUCACCUGGAGAAAUCUCCAGUCAACGCCAUUGACGCCCUUGUGCUGCGUUUUUUCCUGGAGUACCAGUGGCUGAUAGAUUUUGCAGUCUAUGCAACAGGUGUCUUCCUGUUCACUGAGUGUUACUACAGUGUUGUGGAUGCCAGCAAAGAGGUCAAUAUCGGAGCCAUCUGGUGUGUCUUGACUGUUCUCUUCAGUAUAAAGACCCUUCACACUCUGAUGAGCCACUACUUCCGCUCAGAGGAGGGCGGCGAGCGCUCGGUGUGCCUUGCCUUUGGCUUCCUGUCUCUGCUCGUGGCCAUGCUGGUGCUAGUGGUCAGAGAGGACUACCUGGAGUUCGGCCUGGAGUCAGGCUUUUCCAACCUCUUUGACAACUUGGAAGUCUUUGCCAAACAGCAGGGCUACGCCGAUUGGUCAAUCCCAGUAACCAAGCUGACAGUGAAGCUUGUUCUUGCUGCUUUCUGUUCUUACAUCGGGGCUCUCCUGGCCUUCCCCGGCCUGCGAAUGGCUCAGACUCAUCUAGAUGCUUUACAGAUGAACUCAGACCGACCACUCAUCCAGUUUCUGCUGCAAAUUAGUUUCCUGUCUCCAGUCAUUGUGUUGUUUCUAUGGGUGAAACCCAUUGCAAGGGACUUCCUGGCCAAUGCACCUAUGGGGAAGAACUCUGUCACAAUAGUUUCCAGUGAAACAUUUGACAGCAUGCGCCUGUGGAUCAUUGUGGCGUUGUGUGUGCUGCGGCUAGCACUGACUCGUUACCACCUGCAGGCCUACCUCAAUCUGGCUCAGAAGUGGGUGGAGCAGAUGAAGAAGGAGGCGGGCCGUAUCGCUGCGAUUGACAUUCAGAGGAAGGUCACCCGUAUCUUUUGCUACCUGACUGUAAUUACCCUCCAGUAUCUGGUUCCUGUUUUUCUCAUCCUGUUCUCCACACUGGCACUCAAGGCACUAGGGGACUUUUCCUGGGUGGCCGGUGCAGAGCAGACCCCCGGGGUAACACCAAUACUGGUGAUGCCCACAGCAGCGCCUGUGCUGCCCGGGGGUGUCGAUGAAGAUGACGAGGGCAUGGAGGAUAUGGAGGAGGACGUCCAGGUCACGGUAGCACGCCUAACAGAGGCCUUCACAGCGCUACGGUCCGUCCUCACUCCACUUUUCUUCCGAGGUUUCUUCGCCUUCCUGACGUGGUGGGUGGCUGCCUGCCAGGUCAUCAGCUCUCUGUUUGGAAUCUACUUCCACCAGUACCUAAUGCAGAACUAACUGAGGGAAACGGGAGUGCCACACGGUUCUA